AAAUACUUGUGUUUUUAUAAUGUUGUUUGUUUCUGUGAUGCAAAGCUGAAUUUUCAGCAUCGUUACUCCAGUCUUCACAGAAAUCUUUCUAAUAUGCUGAUUUGCAGCUCAAGAUUUCUUAUUAUCAGUGUUGGAAACGGUUGUGGAAACCAUGGUACAUUUUUUCAAGAUUCUUAAUGAAUAUGGUGAUGGAUCUGUCAUAAGCAUUAGCAAAAUCACGUCAACAACAAAAAAAUAAUAAAGUCCAUAGCCACAAACAGGGGUCAGAGUGAAAUUGUGAUGGUCUUUAAUGACUCUUGCUUCCACAAGGAAAAAGGUGACUUCAGACAUCCACGAUGACAAAAAUCAAAAUGUUUAACACACAAUCUCACUCACAUGGACACGGAGUAAAAAGUGUCAUAUGACAUUGCUCUAGCCUUCCUCAAACUCACAGAGGACAAACAGCACAACUUUACCAAGAUAAGUAGCUUCACCAACUAACUCUCUAGACAAGACAUACACUGAAUUUAAAGGAGGUGGCCUGCACCAUUUAAGAAAGAGGGGAGUAACAAAAGUUACAAAUACACAGACAUGAACCACAAAAAUCCUGGAAUUAAUAUAGUACAUUCAACUAAAAUUAGAGGCAUGGAAAACUUUAGUUAAUAUAAAUAGCAAUGUGCUAGACAAAAUUCACAUUGAUCAUUGAUUUUCCAAUGUUCCCUCCAACUAAGCAUAAUUGGUACAUUCCAACUUCCUUCAGAAAUCUUAUAAAACAGCUCAACUUCCUGUUUGAACCCUUUCGUUAGCAGUCUGGCUUGGGUACACAUGACACAGCAGGCACAUGUUAUCUAAAUCCUAUUUUUAAUCUGUAUCUUAAUCAGAAGUUGUUUCAGUUUUAGUCAUCUUUCAGUCAAGAGAAUUUUAACUGGUUUUAACAGUUAGCUUUAAGCCAAAUAACCAAAGCCCGUGCACGGACUCUGUUAAAGUGACAAAUAAAGAUAACAUGCUAAAUCAAUGUGCUUGCUUUUAUUGAUCAGGGCAAAGAUAGUCUGUAGAAGAUGUGGCCCAAUACAUACAAGUUCAAAACAACAGCAUUUAUUUGAAAGACAGUUUUUAAUUUUAAGUGCCUUUACUUUCACUUUUGAUCAAUUUAAUGCAUCCUUGCAGAAUACAAUUAUAUAUUUUUCUUUCCUUUGUGAUAUUGCUGUGCCGUAAGACAAUUAGUGCACAUGUUUUCAACAGUGACUCUUUAUUAACUUGCCAUUUAGCUGCUCUUUAGCCGACGUGUAACGGUACACUAAAAAUGCUAGUAAUGGCCGCUUUCAAAACACUGCUUCGUGAAGCUUUGAAACUUUUGUUUCGAAACAGUGGUUCAGAGCAUGUAUCAAACUGCCAAAGUCACAUGAUUUCACGACCUUUUAGAAAUUUCAAUGGCGAUCUCUGUGAACCAAUGAAUCAUGCGACUUCACUGAGAGCUUUGCGUCACUGACCGCCAGUUAUUUUUAUGCAGUUUGUGUUAAGUAGUAAAAAGCAGAAAUUUAAAAGGCGAAAUUCAGUAAACACCUUAUGCAGAUUUUGUACAGGCAAGCAGAUGAGGCCAGAAAAUGGUUUCCCAUAGAAAACCAGUAGAAGGAAAACACUGAACCUUUAAGCGGAUUGCGUUCAUAUUCAGCCUCAUCUGCUUGCCCAUGUAAACUAUGCAUCAUUAAUAUAGAGAAUAUUACAGUUUUAAUUAUAUUAACGCACUUUAAGUGUUUUUACGAUGUUUUGUUCGCACACGGUUUAAUGAUUGAAAUAUUGCCGCGGGUGCUUAAUAUGGAUUGCAAAUGGCCAAAACUUGCAUUUUGUUCACAUACCUUUGUUUUAUUCUUUUGAGAGGGGGAUCUAAAUAUUUGCAGCUGUGAAACAUGGAAAAUUGACAAGGCUUGUCCUGCAGUUCUAUGGAUGUUUUGCCCUCCAGAUCUUUGAGCUGGUCACGUGACUGAAAACUGAGUUGAUUCAAAGCUUCAAAAAGGUUCUUUUCUCCCAUCACUACUUAAUGCUGAGAAACUCCGUCACGGAUCCUUGAGAUAAAUGCCAUACUCAAAGGCACACUUGUUAUAUGGUUCUUAAUGACAGGGAUUAUUGAUGCCUUCACAAUGUUUGCGUCACUGACCACAAUGGUCAGAUAAUCACCAAAUGAUCUCCCAUGCUGCUUAUAUUCUCACAUUUACACUUGACCUUAUCUGUAACAAAUAGUCCACUGGAGGCAAGUUGUGAUGAACCCAAGUGAAGUUUAAUAAUAGCCCAAGUAAACUCUAAAAUACAAAUGAAGUCUUGACUGGAACAGGUUUGACUUGGCAUGAACAGAAACACAAACUCACCAACAGCAGGUUACACGGAUCAAUACACGACAGGAGACAAAGGCUACAUGAGGGCUAUAUAUACCAAACAAUCAUGGUCACAUGACACAAUCCAACCAAUGGGAAACAAGACACAUGACUAAGACAACCAAUGAGAACAUGACACAUGAAACAAAAGAACCAAUCAGAACAUGACACUAGGCAGUAAUACAUAAAGGCAAGGGAAGCAAGACACCAACAGCAUGAAUCAAAUUAUAAAAUAAAAGACAUGAAAACAAGAACAUGAAACAAACUCCAAAACAAACCCCAAAACCAGGCGUGACAUUAUCGUCUGUUCAGCUAGGAUGUGUGUGAGAGUGGCAUGUUGUAGUCGUCUGCGCUUUAUGUGGUUCGCUCUGAUGGUCCUGACGGUCCUCUGCGUGGCGCUGCAGAUGCUGGGAGUCGUCCGACAGGCCAGAAGUGCCAAGGUUUUGAAACUUGUGAGUGAGCAGCUGGUCAGAGUGCCUGCAGAGAUCCACAGGCCCAUAAAGCGCAAAGACUGGGAAAACCUUUGGUCUGACUCCGCAGCUAUUGCUGAAGAACCAGUGGACCAGCAUCCUUUCAUACAGAGACGAGACGAGAGCGAAAACUCUCCUUCAGAAGAGGGAAGGGACCAAGUCUUGGAGGAUACAAGAAAAAAGCUUACUAGCACCACCAAAGCAGCUCCACCAAUAGAGGCGAAUAAACUCUGGCUUGACCAAGAAUUUCCAAAAAAGCCACAUAGACCAGCUUUCCCCAAAAGGACCCCAGGAAUUAAAAAAACACCACACUCUGAUGACUAUAAUGAUAAAUAUACAGUAAAAUCACGAGCUGACAACACUGUCACGUGUCAGCCCAAAAACCACAUUGUCUUCCUCAAGACACACAAGACUGCAAGCAGCACUAUACUGAACAUUCUCUAUCGUUAUGGGGAAAGCCAUAACCUGACCUUUGCCUUGCCGCUGAACAUGCACAGCCAGUUAUUUUACCCAGCAUUCUUUGCAGCACACUUUGUGGAGGGUGUCAGGACUCGCAGUGUGAAGGAGUUCCACAUCCUGUGCAAUCAUAUGAGAUUCAGCUCACAAGAGGUGCGGAAAGUGAUGCCUAAAGACACAUUCUACUUUUCCAUUCUUCGGAAUCCAGUGGCGAUGAUGGAAUCCCUGUUUGUUUACUACAAAGCGAUCCCAGCUUUCCGUGCUGUCAAAAGCCUUGAGGACUUUCUGAUCCAGGGUAGGCGGAGCUACAAUGCGUCUGUGCCUAAUAACCACUAUGCACGUAACAUUUUGACCUUCGACUUUGGUCUGGAUAAUACAGCACCUGAGAACGACACCGAGUUGGACAGACGUAGCGCUGAGGUAAUCGCCGCCGUGGAACGUGACUUUCCGCUAAUCCUCAUCUCAGAGUAUUUCGAUGAAUCGCUGGUGCUUCUAAAACACGCCCUCUGCUGGUCACUGGAUGAUAUUUCGUCUUUCCGCCUCAAUAGUCGCAGUGAACGUUCUCGCAGGCCCUUGAGCACAGAGACCGCAGAGCGGGUAAAAGAGUGGAAUUCACUAGAUUGGCGAUUGUACCAGCACUUUAAUGCCACUUUCUGGAAACGCAUAGACUCCACACUUGGGCGGACGAAGCUCCAACAGGAAGUUGAACUUCUGAGGGCAAAGAGGAGGAAUCUUGAGCAAAUGUGUCUUCAGGAAGGAGGGGCAGUAGAUCCUGCACAGGUCCAUGAUUCAUCACUGAAGCCGUUUCAGUAUGGCGCAGCAGUUAUUCAAGGUUAUAACCUUCGACUGGAGUUAAAUAAUGACACUCGUCAGCUUUGUCAGAGGUUGAUUACACCUGAACUACAGUACACCACAGCUUUGUACACCAAACAGUUCCCUCAGCUGGCAGCCGUGCGUGCUGCUGCUGCAAAAAAGAUUGCGGCUUCCAGAAACACUGCAACGCACCGAGCUGUUAAGCGCAAUAUUGAGACAAAUGUUCACACAGCAAUGACGAACAAUACCUCACAUAGCAAUACAAAUAAAGCCACUGUGGAUGAACCUAGCUUACACAUUUUAGCUAAGUCUGUUCAUAAUGAGAGACAAAACUAUUUUGAUGUAACAAGAGUAUAAAGAAAUAAAAAGAAACUCACGUAAACAUUCCACACAAAAACACUUUAUAAACUCAAACAUGCAUAGAGAACCACAAGAACCUGGUUUAUUGAGAUGAAUUCAUCAAUUAGAACUCAUAACAGAAAUAAGUAACUAAGGAGCAGUCAGAAAUGAACGCAUUAAAAGAUUUGGCUGGCAAAAAAUCUCUGCUGUCCAACAUAAAUAGUGUAGCGACGUAUGAAGCACAGCUCAUAUAAAAGUUACUUUCAAAGCAAGCAAUUUUUGGUUGGUGAACACAGUAAAUUUGCAUCACCAACUUGAAAAAGAGGGAACUUUUUCGCCCUCACUGACUCCUGAUUAGGGUUGGUUUGGUGUCGUUUGAAUUUGAUCAAUUCCGAUUCCAAUUCUGCUUAUUGAUUCCGAUUCUUAUCGAUUCCCAGUUUCAAUUCCAAUGUGGUUAAAAAAAAUGGAAGUCAAACAUUUGGAUAUCAAACAUAUUUAUUCUGUCUCUUUUUGCAAAACAUUUAAUUGCUACUGAACACCAUGAACAAAAAUCAGCUCGAUUAAGAGCUGUUUGCCUGCAAAAUAGAGCUGCACGAUUCUGGAUAAAUUGAGACUUUCUUUUUUUUUUUUAUGGGACAAAAUCUCAUGGAAUUUAUGAAUGGAAUGAAUCAGUGACUCAAUGACUCACUUGUUUCAUUACUGGAUGAAUCAGUGUUUUUGAAUGAAUCUCUUGAAUGAAUGAUUCAAAUACGAAUCAAUUUUUUAACAGCCCCUUUUUGCCGCCUAAAAAAAAAAAAAAAUGGGAAUUGAUAGGCGGUAUUGAAAUUUUACAACAAGUAUCCGAUUAUGAAAUUGGAAUUGAUUUUCGAUUCCCAACACUACUCCUGAUUCCAAUUGAACUGACUGGAUUUUGCCAGCGAAAUAUUGCUGAGCAACGUUAAAUGUGGCCUCACGUUUAGAAUACAAACAACACCGUUCCAUUCAGUACGGUUUAUAUUUAUUUUUACAAAGCUUUUAACAACUGUAAUCAUCACAGUGCAACUUUAUACAGAUUUAAGGUGUUACCACCUAGUUAGCAGUAUUUCUGCAUCGCUUUUUAAGCAGCUGCUUUCUUCCGGUGCUCAAUCGCUGCAGCAAAAGAAAUCAAAUUUUACCUGAAUUGCAAAUUUGAAUUUGCUGUCUGGGACGAAUGUGUUGCAACAAAAAUAAAUGUUUUACUAUUGAGUUCUCACAGACUGCUCGUAAUAAUAAAAAUACAGUACAACGAUACCAGUGUAGUCCGUUUUGCGAACAAAUGACUUUCGGGACGACAAACCAUUGACUCCUAUGAUGAGAUGGUUAUUUUUAGUGAAUCAAAAGCAUAUAUCGAGACCAGUGUAGUCCAAUUAACGAGGAAAUUACUCUUAUGAGCAGGUGCAGUUUAGUGAAUCAAAAACAUACAUCCCAACCAGAGUCAUUGAAGAAUGAGCCAGUUCUUUUAAUGAGUCGUUCAAAAAGACGAAUCGUUCGACGAAUCGUUCACUGAAUUGAAUCCAGAGAGGCAAUGAAUCACCAUCCGAUUCACUUACGGAAUUGGCCUAGUUAUCAUUAUUUUUAGUGAUAUCCGUAUCGAAAUGAAUCAAGGUUUAUGUCAGUAUCAUUAAUGAUGUCUAUAUGACAGCGUUUUUUAAAUUUUUUUUUUAAAUAGGCUUAAUUAAACAAUAUUUUUUUUAGGAAUGGUAGCCUAUUAUCAAAGUUUUGAUUAAAAUAUUUUGUCUCCAUAUGACAUCUAUUAAUUUCUGCUUUACCCUCCAGCAAAACCAACGAUAUCUAAUGUACCUGAUAAUUUGGGCUCUUAAAAUGUCACAGGCUAUGAUUAUGGUGUGAGACAACAAUAAUCAAGCGUGAUUCAUUGUCUUAGAAGACUAAGUAAUGUCUCGUUUACCUUGUUUGCACAUAAAUCGUCUCAUUUUUAUGAAAAUGAUUUUCCAUUUGUAGACCAGAAGAGGCUUGCUGUGCCUGUUCAGCUGUGUUUUGUGUUUUGGAAAAUGCAAAGCUUUCUGCUCAAUAUGGCUAAGCUAUUUCUCUAAAACCAAUGGUUCGAGUUUCCAAUGUGAGUCAGAAGUUUAUAUAACAUGGAUAAGGUGUGUGUUUGGUCUCUGCAGAAGUACAGAUUCGGAUCAACUAGGUUUUUGUUAUAAUGCUAAUUGGAAAUUGACCUAUACAAGCAAUAUUGUGAAUAACUUGGAGAAUAGGCAUACACUUUGUAAAUCCAGCUAUUUAUUUUUGCACCGUGUGACUUUUCAAUUUGAUUUGUUGUUAAAUGUCACUGGAAGAAAGUGGAAAAUAUGUCACUGGCAUUUUCAGACACAUGAAUCAGAGCCUAAUGCAAAAUACACUGAAAGGAUCUAUUAGAUUUUUCUGUGCUAUUUCUGAAAUUAGAAAUACAGUGGCCUCUAAAAGUAUUCAGAAACUAAGGACACACACUUAAAGUUGGCUAGUGCUGUGGCAUAGGACAAUAAGAGCUGUUGGCUCAGGUUUGAGUCUGACCUGGUUCAUGUCCUGAUCCCAUUUUAUCUUUCCUAUCUGCAUUCUGCUGUCCUAUAAAUAACGACAAAAUGCCCUAAAAUAAAAUGAUAUAUAAACAGAAUGUAUGAACUUCAAAAAUAUCAAACCAGGUGAAAUCAACAAACAAAACAUAUUAGAAUUUUCUCAGAAUUAACUGAUGUUAAUGUGAUGUUUAUGAAGUCGGGUUUACACAUCAGAUCGAUCACUUGUAGUUCACUCUGAACAUGAUCCAAGCCUAAAAGUCCAUAUAAUUUGGUUUUAUUGGUUAAUUCUAUCAUUUAAAGUCUAAUAAAUGUCAUUCCAUACAAUAAUUUAAUUGAGAAGUGAGCUUUCUUUUAAAAUGAACGCUCCUUGGUUUGGUAUUUUAUUAUGCAACACAAUGACAAGUGUGGUGUAAGUGUUCGAGUAUUUAAUGGAGGCUCUGUUUCUCAUAAGUGGAACCAUAAUUAAUGUAAACGUUCUGUAUUAUGAUGGAUUUAAUACAAUGGCCAUCUACAAAACCAGUCUGCAAAUCCAAUGCAUUAUUGAGACCAAUUUGAAUGAAGAAAGCAGUCCAUCUCAAUGAAGGAAGCAGACUUAUGCUAAGGGCUAAUGCUGAUUGCCAAGUUUUACCAGCCUUACUGAGACUCCGAAGGACCUGGACCUUGAUCAUUACCCAGAAUGACUUGCCAGUUUCAUAAAAGAUCAUCUGAACCAAAGUCUCAGAGCUAAAGUUGGCUUUGAUGUUAGAGAGCAAUAUACUGUAUAUGUGCGGCACCUUAUUUUCAAAUCUCUGAAAGCUACAGUAUAUAUGUUUCGUAUUUAUUAAUAAAAGAUUAUUCUCUG